CCAAACUCAACUGAGUCCUGACUUUUCAGCAAAGAAAGAAGCACUUUCUUCUUGUCAUCCUAUUUUUGUCCCCCAUAGCAGUCAUCAUAACCAGACAUUAUCUCAGGGGAGUGUGGUUAGGUAUCAGGCUCUGGAAACAAGUGACCUGGGAUCAAAUCCUGACUCCUCUACUUGUAUCUUUGUAACUUCAGGCAAAUAACUUAUCCUUUCUGCACCUUGAUUUCUCUUUCUGAACAUGGGCACAACAAUUGUUUCUAUCCCUAAGGUUGUGGUUGGGCCUAGAGAGUUCUGAGGACAUAAAGAUGCACCUUCUCCUUCCCCUUUUCAGCUUCCUGACAUGAGGCUGUGUUUGCUCAACAUCCCCCUUUCACCAUGUUCUAUCCAUUUCCCAGAAGAUAAGAACUUUAGCCUGCUUCUCUCUGAUAACGCGGGGCUGGGCAGCGAACAGGGGCCGGUCUUUGAUCCAUGUUUUAGGAUCAUCCUGAUAAGUUCUACAGAAAGCCCUUUGAGAUUUUGCACGGAGUUUAUAGAUUAAUAUGACAAAGCUGAUCCCAACGUUGUGAAAUGGAGAGUAAAUAUAAGGAAAUACUGUUACUGAAUGGCCUGGAUCAAAUCGAUGAUGAGGAAUUGCUUAGGUUUAAGUUCUUUCUUCCAGAUGAGUUUGAAUUUACUAUCCCUAAGAGCAAACUGAAUACUGCAAACAGGAUAGAGGUAGCUAACUUGAUGAUUCGAAUUGCCGGUGUGGUGUCUGCGGUGAUGAAGACCAUUAAUAUUUUCCAGAAGAUGAAUUACAUGGACCUGGCAAAACGUCUUCAGGAAGAGAAGGAGAAAGUUGAUGAGAAAUACAAAUCGACCGAAAAACCAAAGCCAAUAAAAAAGAGAGCUCAAGCUGGAAUUGAUCCUGUUGCCUCUACAGCCAACAGAAAUGAUACUAUGAAGCAACUCGCUACACCAGAAGUCACUCCUCAGGUUAAGCCUAAGCAGAAACAGAUGGUGGCCCAGCAGCAAUCUGUCAGAAAAGGGUCGCAGAAAGGCUGUUUGACAGUCAUGGUGCUGAAAGCAACAGAGCCCUUGGAGUUUGAGACUCAAGAAGGCAAGCAAGAGAUGUUCCAUGCUACGGUGGCCACAGAGAAGGAAUUCUUUUUUGUAAAAGUUUUCUGUACACAGCUACAAGAUAAAUUCACGCCAAAGAGAAUAAUUACGAUAUCAAAAUAUUAUCAGCACAGUGGUUUCCUGGAAGUGAAUAGUGCCUCCUCUGUGUUUGAUGCUGAAUCUGACCAAAAGAUCAGUGUCCCAGGCUCCAUUAUCAGGAAAGCAGGUGAAACUCCAAAGAUCAACAAGCUUCAAACUCAGCCCAUUGGAACCAUUGUGAAUGGGAUAUUUGUAGUCCAGAAGAAAACAGAACAGAAAGAUUGUGUAUUAUUUGAUGUAAAUGACAACACAGGGAGCAUGGAAAUAUUGGUGCUUAGAAAACAGAACAAAGAAGAAUGUGAGGAAGGGGAUAAGAUUCGACUUACAUUCUUUGAGCUGUCAAAAAGCGAAGAAAAACUACAGCUGAAAUCUGGAGAUCAUAGCCUCAUAAAGGUUAUUAAGACCAAAAAAGAAAAAAAAUGAAAAGGACCAAUUCAGGUCAACUGGUCUAAGCAACAUUUAAUUGAAGAAGAUGUGAUACAGCCUCUUCAAUCAAAUUGUGAGCUACCUGAGAACAGCAGCUCACAGGCUCUUCCCCCACCAAAUUAGGAUGCAGAUAGGAUAAUGGCAGGAUAAGCAACUACAAAAUAUCAAUAUGUUAUCACAAUAAAAGUUAAUUUCUGAUUCAUUACA